UCAUUCGUUUUUCAUCUGCUGCGCUGAUUGAUUGUGUAUAGUUCUUUGUUGUGAAAGUGAAAAAAUCAAAAUUUAAGACGCAAAACUAGUGCAAACUACCUUUAAUCGUCUAUUUGAUACGUUUUGCUAGUAGUUAUACAGCAAAGGAUUUUCUAGUCACCAAGUUUAGUCAAGAUGGGUGCCGUUUUAGGCCUACUUUCGGCCGCAAAUCUGGCUUGUUGCUGCACCGGAACAGCUUGUUCCCUGUGCUGUUCAUUAUGCCCCUCAUCAUUGAAGUCCAACUCAACGGCUACCAGAUUCAUGUACGCUUUGAUGCUAUUGCUAGGGGCUAUUGUGGCAGCAAUAAUGCUUGCACCCGGAUUACAAGACUUCCUACAAAAGGUUCCAUUUUGUGCUAAUUCUACAUCAACGGCGGGUCACCUGAUUCCGGCAGCGGAAACAAUUGAUUGCAGCAAUGCGGUUGGAUAUCUGGCCGUCUAUCGUAUCUGCUUUGCGUUGUGUUGUUUCUUUGCUCUUUGGGCCGUGAUGAUGCUGGGCGUUCGCUCUUCCAAAGAUGCACGAGCGGCACUACAAAAUGGAUUCUGGGGUAUUAAGUUUAUGUUGGUGACUGGAAUUGCCAUUGGAGCGUUCUUCAUCCCGGAGAGUGGAUUCGGAUCGGCCUGGAUGUGGGUCGGUCUGAUCGGUGGAUUUGCGUUCAUUUUGGUUCAGCUGGUUUACAUCGUCGAUUUUGCUCACCAGUGGGCAGAAGCAUGGGUCAGCAACUACGAAGAGGAUGAAUCUCGCGGAUGGUUUGCAGCACUGUGCUGUGUCACCGGGUUGCAGUAUGCACUUUCGCUGACUGGCAUCGCGCUUCUCUAUGUUUAUUACACUCAGGCUGACGAUUGCUCACUGAACAAGUUCUUCAUUACAUUUAACAUGAUCAUCUGCUUGGGAGUUAGCGUUUUAUCGAUCUGGCCCAAGGUACAGGAAUUCGCACCGAAAUCAGGUCUUCUGCAGAGUUCGAUGGUCACUUUGUAUACUAUUUAUCUGACCUGGUCAGCCGUUGCUAACAAUCCGGAUGCCGAAUGCAACCCGGGCUUCCUGGGCAUUAUCGGCGAUAAGCAAAAUAAAGUACACUUUGACAAGACCAGCAUAAUCGGAUUGGUUAUCUGGAUGUUGUGUAUCCUGUAUUCAACGCUGCGCUCGGCCAACAACGUUUCAAGGCUAGCUGAUCCGGAGAAGCAAGUCUUAGCAGCAACUUUGAGCGAUGAUGCUGGAUCUAGCGGUGGAGCAUCCCACGGUGGUGGCGCAAACGAGAUUCGAGACAAUGAAGAGGAUGCCGUUGCCUACUCGUGGUCGUUGUUCCACGUGGUCUUUAUCACUGCUACUCUGUAUGUCAUGAUGACGCUUACCAAUUGGUAUCAACCAAACUCUUCACUAGAGACGUUGAAUGCGAAUGCUGCCUCGAUGUGGGUCAAAAUCAUUUCCAGCUGGUUCUGCGUCGGAUUGUACGCUUGGACUUUGGUAGCUCCCAUGGUUCUAACUGAUCGUGAAUUUAACUAAAUGUAAAAUUUUAUCAUCCUUCGGGAAAACUUACCUUUAACCAGAUAAACAAAAUAUUACCUUCCAAAGUCAACGUUAAAUCAGUAGAUUCAAACUAGAUUUAGCUACAACAGUGAAUGUUAUGUGAUAGGACUCAUUUCUCAAUAUGCUCGAACCGAACGAAAAGAAAAACGAUCGUCUGCUGAACUAGGAACGGUAGCUUAAAUUUACCUUUAUUACAACUAACUAUACAAAAAAUAACGCAAAGAAUGUCGGUCAUAAACCAAAACAGAAAAUGCAAUUAUUAGUCCAACCUUUGAAUGGUAAUGAAUUCCGUUCCAAGAGGAACCCAUCUCUAUUUCCUUUUGGCGGCCAAAAGAA